AUGGCUCACUCCUUUCAGCCCCCUGCCUGGAGGGACAUGACGAAUGGAGGCGGGCACCCCCACUUCAACAACGGAGGCCACAACGGGGGUUCCCACAGCACCACACGCUACAUGCUGAAGAAACAGCAGCGCCACAGACGCAGGUCCUCCUCGCCGAUGGGCAGGGUCAUUCUCAUCAACGCUCCUGUUGAUGGAGGGGAUGACAGUGAAGACAUUCACACAGUGACAGUAGAUAAGAGUCCAGAUGGGCGUCUGGGUUUCAGCGUCCGCGGGGGCUCUGAACACGGACUCGGCAUAUUUGUCAGCAAGGUGGAGGACGACAGCUCUGCAGCGCAGGCUGGCCUGACUGUGGGCGAUAAGCUGGUGGAGGUGAACGGGGUCAGCCUGGAGAGCAUCACCAUGAGCAGCGCUGUGAAGGUCCUGACAGGAAACAACAGGCUGAGGAUGGUGGUGAGGCGGGUGGGCAAGAUCCCCGGCAUCCGCUACUCCAAGGAGAAGACCACAUGGGUGGAUCUGAUUCACCGGCGGAUGGUGGUGGAGGAAAAUGGUCGUACACCGUCGGAGUCCAGUUCAGACAGCGCUCUACGCAGAAUUGUUCAUCUCUUCACCACGUCAGAUGACUACUGUUUGGGCUUCAACAUCAGAGGAGGCAAAGAGUUCGGACUGGGAAUUUAUGUCUCUAAGUUGGACCCAGGCGGGCUUGCAGAGCAGCAUGGCAUCAAAAUGGGCGAUCAAAUCCUGGCAGCCAACGGGGUGAGCUUUGAUGACAUCACCCACAGCAACGCAGUUGAGGUCCUGAAGAGCCACACUCAUGUCAUGUUGACCAUCAGGGAGGCUGGAAGAUACCCCGCAUACAAGGAGAUGGUGGCAGAGUAUGGCUGGCUCGACAAAUUAGCCAAUGGGGGCCCUGCACCAUCCUCACAGGGUUCAGACUCCAACUCCUCCGCCUCCUCAUUGUCCUCCAGCACCCCUCUCAGCUCCCUCAGUGGUCUCUCCCAGGUCCUUUUUCCUCCCAUCUUUGGUUCUGAGAUGGUAGACGUCGCCAUCUCCACAGAGGAUCGCUCCCGACGUCCAAGCAGCGCUGAGCGAACUGCUGACUCUGCCAUACAGACUGACCCUCAAGCUCCAAACUACUGGGACCGCCCUUCACCGAACGGGUCACACCCUGACCCGCUGGUCACCACGGAAACCAGCCGGACUGUAGGCGCAACGAUGCUACUGAAGGACACGGUCAUACGACAGGGGCGAGUGAGGACGCUGUCAGCCGGGGAACAGGAAGUAGAGAAACACUCACCUAAGACGGCAGCGCUGAUGGCCCUGAGCAGACCACGGAAGCCAAUCAGACGCUCCCAGAGCCACAUCACUGCUUCAGAGGACAGACAGAAGAAGAAGCAACAGAGUAAGAAGAGCCCCACAGAGGGUAAAACCAGCCUGCAGCGCUCCAAAACCUUUGUCAACUUGUUAUUCAAAAAAGACCGUAAAGAGAAGAGUCGCUCGAAGUCACCGUCUCGCCAUGCUGACAAAGAUAAGGACCGGGGUCGUCCGUUCCAGCUGCUGACCUCCCCGAGGGAGUCCCGUGCCGGCAGCCCACUGCCCCGACUCGAGACCCUGCAGCACGUGGAGGACAUGGCAAAGAAGCUGCUUGGCCAGGACGAGGUGGCUGCUGUGAUGAGACACUGUCGGCGGUUUUUGUCGGACAAUGUGAUCGAGGAUUUAGUGCGUCCACUUCUGGCCAUCUUGGACAGGCCCGAGAAACUGCUGCUUCUCAGAGAAAUAAGAAUGCUGAUACCAACUACCGAGUUGGGUCGCUUUGACAGCAUGGUCAUGCCUUUUGAGCUGGAGGCGUACGAUGUUCUCAAGAGUCGCUCUCUGCGAUCUCCAGCUCUUCGCUCCCCUCGUAGUGGAACUCCUCGCCGUCACCUCAUCACCCCAAUCCCAGACUACAGGGGUGGAUUCCACCUCCAGCCGGUCCAUGACACGCUGCGGGAGCGCCAGCUGUUCGAGGAGUUGGAGAGACUUCGUUUGUCUGGCCACCAGUCAGGCCACCUGUCGCCAUCUCGUGCCUUCACCCCUUUGCUGGAUGUACCUGUGGACAGCUAUGCCUCCUCCACUCUGCGCUCCCGUUCCCCGAGCCCCUUGCCCACUCACAGCUUCCUCUUCCCCGAAUCGCCACACAGCACCACCCAGCGUGGGCGCCAACCUCAUCGCUCCCCAAACAGGAGAGAGAAUGGGGAGUCGCGGUACGACAAUGUCUCCUUGUUGUCCGUGUCUGACCGAGGAGAUGUGGCUCCUGAACGAGGGAGGUCGCCCGUGAGGAAUGGCCACGGGAGAGGGAGGCGGGAGGGAAGUCCUGACAGCAUGGAUGGCAGACUGAGCAGGCAGGAGGGCUACACGGAGGUCAGCGUACGCGUUCCUUCGCAGCGGAGAAGCAGAACUCCUCUGGCGGAUGUGUUUGAUCCCCAGAGAGAGAGGAGCCCGAACAGCACGAGCAGAGGUAGCGGUCAGCAUGUGAAUGGACAUUCACUAAAUGGUCAUGGAGUGAAAAGAAGAGCAACUCUACCACCUGAGGAGUAUGAAAUCACUACUUUGACCAUCUCCAAAGCCAAGCAGUCACUAGGUAUUAGUAUCUCUGGAGGUAUGGAAUCCAGGGUCCAGCCCAUGAUAAAGAUUGAGAAAAUCUUCCCAGGAGGAGCAGCAUCUACAAAUGAGGCUCUGAAGGCGGGAUAUGAGCUGCUCUCCGUGGACGGAGAAAGUCUGCAGGGAGCAACUCAUCAGCAUGCCGUGGAUGUAAUUCGCCGUUCGUUCAGCAACAAGGCCAAAGACCCGAUGGUUUUUGUGGUCAAGGUCCCAAAGGUCCAUACCACGCCCACCAGCCCCAGGAGACCUGCUGACUAAACUUUGUGUGCCUCACAGCCAGACUGCUGCUCAAGCAUGAAGGACAACAAAACCUGCAGCUCCUGUGGGACUGAAUAAAGUACAGGAUUCACCCUGAGAAGAGGAAACUUGGGACGGGUAGAGCUCCAGUAACAGUGGAGCGGAUCAAAGGCAAGAGUUUUGAUAAAACAUGCGAGAAAAUAUGUCAGAAACAAAGCUUGGGACUGUUUUUUAGAUCUGAUUCAGCAGCAUAUUUAUCAAAAUAGAGAUUGUCAUAAAUAUUUUUUGCUAUGUAAUGUAAGCCCAAAUGUUGCAAGUGUAUGACUUUUAUAAAAUUUGUAGUGUUUUUAGCAAACGUUAUACUAAAUGCAUACGUUGCACAUCAACUCAACUUGCAGUAACUGUUGUUUUCUAAAAGGUGUCUUAUGAUAAGAUGCGAUUCAUGAACUGGUCCUUGGUUGAAUUGUGCCACUGUUCAACAUGUGGCAACCUUGCCGUGACCUCCGAUUGUGGAGCCAGUGGUCUGCACUUUUCACUUGGAGCAUCUCAGUCCAGCAGCCCUGCAUGCCUGCCAGAGGGAGAUUACCCCAGCUUGUGUUAUGAGAUUUAUAGAUUUAUACCCAGAUUAAACCCCUGUAUUAUGUCAAAACUGAUAGUUUGGGUUUAGAGGAUGUCUGGGGGGAUUAUUCCAAAUUGCUGCUCAGUAUUUUUGUGCUGUGUUUUACUGGCAGAAGUGCUUGCGCUCUGGAGCCAUCCGCCACUUUAGAGGCUUAAUUACACCAUGCUGUGGAUGGAGCUUAUGCAGACAUGUGGAGGAGUUGGAAAAACAUGUCAAUGAGAAAUGCAGGACAUGGAGGCCGGUGGCACAGUUUAAAUCAAAGUGGGGGUAGAGGAGAUAUGGGCAGGAGAACGUAGCGUGCAUAGUGCCUUACUUUAGCAGACGGCCAGUGGGGGAAAAAAAAAAACUACGAAAAAUGUUACUCAAACUUGGUUUUAAUAAGCCGUAGAAAGGCUCAAGGUGAACUGUUUAUAUUCUGGCAUGCUAUUAAAUUUUAAAAAACCAAACUGAGUGUGUGUGCCUUUGAGUUAUUACAAAGUGCAUCAUAUAUUUGACUUCAACACACAAAAAAUCUGCACAUUCAGCAUACUCUGCUCACACUUUAUGAAAAAAAGCAAUUGAAUAAACAAUCACUUUAAGGUGUGACAACUUGUUCUUUAAUUAAAAACACAGUCAUUUGUACAAGAAAUGUACACAUAAAAAUAUACAUAGACAACUACAUACUUUAUGAAUUAAUGAAGACACAACGUAAGCAAACACACACAAAAAAAUGAGCACAAAAGGAUGAAAAAAAAUGCCACAAAAAAUGAAAAAAA